AUGAAUGACAACUGGACAAAUUUGAUAUGCGCAUCCAAAGACGACGGAAAUGCACUCUCUUUUCCAAGAGGCCAAACAAAGUCAUGGGAUUAUGGCAAAUUACCGCAAAAUAAAUCAAAAAAUCGCUAUGGAAAUCUUAUAGCAUAUGACGAAACACGUGUGGUAUUGAAGAAACUCGCUGAUGACCCUUUCUCCGAUUACAUCAACGCCAAUUACAUCAAGGGUUACAAAAAGGAAAAACGUUACAUAGCUACUCAAGGACCAAAAGCAAAAACGAUAAUUGAUUUUUGGCGUAUGAUCUGGCAAGAGAAUGUCUUUGUUAUUUGCAUGCUAACUAAUAUAAUUGAAAAUGGAAAGACAAAGUGUGAACAAUAUUGGCCUGACAUUGGUAAAAAGAAGAAGUACGGUGACGUGUUGGUUUUCAACUCGACUCAAAACAUUUUCGCCGACUAUACUUUUAGAAUCUUACACGUAACGUGUAAUGACGAAACCCGUAAGGUAGAACAUUUGCAUUACACAGCAUGGCCAGAUCAUGGUGUACCAAAUUACACACAUUCCGUUGUAACCUUUUUGAAAAAAAUUUUAGCUAAAGAAAUUGGAAAUGGACCAAUGGUAGUUCAUUGCAGUGCUGGUAUUGGUAGAACCGGUACAAUCAUUUUAUGCGAUAUUUGUUUGAGACGUGCAGCAGCCGAAGGGGUAAGUCAAACAAAAAUUAACAAAAUUAUUAAAUGUUUCUGAUGAUGGGAUCGAUUUUUUGUAUAGGUUGUCGACGUUUUUUCGGAAAUGCAAUCGAUCAUAAAUGAAAGAGCCAAUAUUGUAUACGAUAAGCAACAAUAUUUAUUCGUUCAUU